AUGGAGGAGCCGCUGUGCUGCUGCGAGUACGUGGACCGGCGGGGCCGGCGGAACCACCUGGCGGCGUGCUGCUGCGACUGCCGGGAGCUGGACGAGGGCUGCGACAGGUGGCUGACCUGCAGGUCCCUGCCCCCAGGAGCUCUGGAGAGGAUCGCCGACGAUGUUGCAGACCGCUGCCGCGUCCCUUGGUUCGCAGGGGCCGUGAAGAUCAACAUCAGCCUCGUGCCGCCGCUCGUGCUGCUGCCUGUCUUCCUCCACGUCGCGGCUCUGCACUUCCUGCUGGGACUGGUCAUCUUGACUUCGCUUCCCGUGGUGGUGCUGUGGUAUUACUACCUCACCCACAGGAGGAAGGAGCGGACUCUCUUCUUCUUGAGCCUGGGACUCUUCUCCUUGGGCUACAUGUACUAUGUCUUUCUCCAGGAGGUGGUUCCCCGAGGCCACGUGGGGCAUUCCCAAGUGGUGCUCCUCACCUCUGGGUUAGUUCUCAUGCUUGCAGCCUUGUCACGAGCCAAGAAAGACCCUGGCUACCUUCCCAUCCCAGCAGGCGAUAGCAAGUCAUCGCAUCAGGAUUUUCCCAACAAAAACCUUAGAGGGAGCUCCAAUGGGCUCCACGGAGUCACUACGGCAGGAACUGCCAGUGGCCGUACUGUGAAUGGGGAGGCCAAAGGCUACUCCAGAGCCUCGGCUGAAGGGCCAGAAGGUGUGAGAAAGGACUGGUGUGCUAAAUGCCAGCUGGUCAGGCCAGCCCGAGCCGGGCACUGCCGGCUUUGUGGCAGGUGUGUGAGGAGACUGGAUCAUCACUGUGUCUGGAUUAACAGCUGUGUAGGGGAGCAGAACCACCAAGCAUUCAUCCUUGCGCUCUCCUUCUUCAUGCUCACCUCUGUGUAUGGGAUUACGCUGACCCUGGACACCGUCUGUAGGGGACGAACCCUGUUCGUGGCGUUGUUCUACUGCCCUGGGGCCUAUUCUGACUACAGCUCUGCUCUGUCGUUCACCUGUGUGUGGUACUGUGCCAUUGUAACAGCUGGCAUGGGAUACAUCCUCCUCAUCCAGCUGUUGAACAUCAGCUACAACGUGACCGAGAGGGAAGCUCGGCUGGCUCUGCGGGACAACACCGGGCGCAGGCUCCUGGGUGGGUUAGUGAUAGACACUGGCCAGUACAACAGGGGCUUUCUAUGCAACUGGGGCCACUUCUUGAGUCUGGGGUCUCCCCCUCCAUUGCGCUCUGCCGAAGACAUUGUCUGA